AUGGCCAUGUUGGGAUCGGAGGCUCAAGGCCGCCCAACCCUGCACCUGUCGAACACACCCCGUUUGACCCUUCCGGAAUCCCGCAUCCCCUUUCGGCCCCCUCCCGAGCGGCCCUUUCAAAAGACCGCCAUCUCCAUUUUCGUGGUCCUUGCCCCAGUAUCUGCGUACUGGUUGGAAGUCUUCCGUGCCCUCUUCCGUCGCACACAGUGGAGAGUCAACCUGGCGUCCGCUACCCUCAAACGGGCCGGCGGCCUGCCGGCUCUCCUCGCGUCCGCCCGCUUCUCCACGGCCUCGUACGCCCUCCACAUCACCGACCUUGCCCACAUCUGGUCCGAGUCCCUCGACCGCCGCGCCAUCAUCCUCCGCGCCCUCAAGGAGGAUGCCAGCAUCGACCCUUCCGACGGUGAGGACAACAUGACCUCGUUCCUCAAGUGCCUGCGCGCCGCCUUCGAUCCGGAUGACCCAAUGCACAGCCGCACCCGCUUGGCCGUCGAAGCCGGUGGCGGCAGCGGCGCGACCGGGGCCGCUGCCGAUGAUCUUCUCGUCACUGCCACGUGCGAACUACCCCGCGAAUUGUCUGAAAAGCCUCUCGUGUGGCGCAUGUACCUCAAGAUGCAGCCCGCCUCCACCACCACCGCCGAGCUUGACUCCGUCAUCAACAAAGUCCUCGACAAGCUCGAGGCGACUGGUACCUCUCUCGAGCAUGUCUUCACAGUCCUCUCGUCCAAGCGACGAGUGACGCGAGAGCAAGCCGAAGCUCGCAUCAAGGGUCUCGCGACCUUUGAUUGGGAUGCUUGGAAUGCAAACGUUGCUGAGGACUCUCGGCAGAGCCCUGACGGCGAGGUGCCCGAGCUGUUACGCCGCGUCUUUGAUCGCGGCGGUCUCGAGUACACUCAAAGGAAUGACUCAAAGACCUACGCAGAGGGCCUCGGGGACUGGUGGCAUCGCAUGACGGGCACCGCGGGCAUUCUUCUCCCCGGCGACGAUGGUGGCGAUGACGAUGACAUUGGAGCUCAGGAUGCCAGCGAGCCCGAGUCCACCACGAUCGGAAAGGGCUCCGCCCCUCCUCCCAACGUCAGCCAUCUUCCUCCCGCCGGACCAAGUCUCCUGUACCGGCCAUCCACUCGCACGGGGAACAACCGCGCCGCCCGCGAAACGGCUGCCCGUCCCGCUUCCGCCUCCGGCAGCGCCACGCGGUCGCCCACUCCUGAAGAGGGCGGCGACGCAGAAGCAAAGUCUCCGCCCGCCAAGUCUUCGCCGGCGCGGCCGAGAGGCGCGGGACUGGGUAGGAUUGGCGGUAUCGGUGGGAUCGGAGGGGCUAAGGCUAGCCCGCGGCAGCCUUCGGAAGAGGACGAGGAGGAUGGAUUUGAUGGGGGCAGCGGGGCGAACAAAAGGAAGACGAGGUCAAGAGUCCGGUGA